AAACUGAUGACCACAGUGACCUCGCUAUUCGCUUCGUCCUACGUUUUUGAAUGGUCAAAGUACAUGGUGGACACGCCGUUACUCUACCCUCCCGCCUUUGAUGGUCGCGUUGUCCUCUAUCCCACCGACAAAAACCUACGCGACUACCUAGCUUGGCGUCAAGUUGACUGUCACAUUAACAAUUUGUACAACACGUGUUUCUGGAACCUUGUUCAGCGGGGAGGACUGACAACUGCAGCGGCUGAGGAGAGACUACGUGGAACAUUGUCCUCGGAUAAGAAUGAAAUCCUGUUUUCUGAAUUUGGCAUCAAUUACAACAACGAACCACAGCUUUUUCGUAAAGGAACGGUGCUUUUCAGGAAAGGAGUGAGCCUCAUCAAAUUUUGCUUAUUUCAUCUCUACGAGCCGAAGAAGAUGGCACUGGAAGAGCGGAAUUGUGACGUAAUAAAGGACGACUUCUGGCUUGAGAAUUCGCAUUUAUUAAGCAUGUAA